AUGGAACUGGCCUCCCGACAGACGUCGAGGCUGCUCCGGCAUGUCUCCAAUCCCUCCCACCGCCUCAUUCAACCCUCUCGCUUUCCCGCCUUCACACCCGCUCUGAACCGCGUUCGCCGACGACAUGUUUCCACAUCACCGCGGAGGCUUGCUCCCGAAUCGUCACUUCUGAACUUCGGUUCAGGCUCCCAAUCUGCCGGCGUGCCGACGACGUACUUUUCGAACCGCUCCCCGCUUCCCAUGAACACCGUCAUCCGCUUCGUCCCUCAGCAGACCGCAUGGAUUGUCGAGCGCAUGGGCAAGUUCCACCGCAUUCUGGAGCCCGGCCUGGCCAUCUUGAUUCCUUUCCUGGAUCGGAUCGCCUACGUCAAGAGUCUGAAGGAGUCCGCUAUCGAGAUACCCAGUCAGAACGCCAUCACGGCCGACAACGUCACGCUGGAGCUGGACGGAGUGCUAUAUACCCGGGUGUUUGAUGCGUACAAGGCCAGCUACGGAGUGGAAGACGCCGAAUACGCGAUCUCGCAGCUGGCGCAGACGACGAUGCGCUCGGAGAUCGGCCAGCUCACGCUCGACCACGUGCUGAAGGAGCGCGCCACGCUCAACACCAACAUCACGCAGGCGAUCAACGAGGCCGCGCAGGACUGGGGCGUCGUGUGCUUGCGCUACGAGAUCCGCGAUAUCCACGCCCCGGACGGCGUCGUGGCCGCCAUGCACCGCCAGGUGACGGCGGAGCGGUCGAAGCGCGCCGAGAUCCUGGAGUCCGAGGGUCAGCGCCAGAGCGCCAUCAACAUCGCCGAGGGACGCAAGCAGUCCGUCAUCCUGGCCUCGGAGGCUCUCCGCGCGGAGAACAUCAACCGGGCGGCUGGUGAGGCCGAGGCGAUCCUUCUCAAGGCCCAGGCGACGGCGCGCGGUAUCGAGGCUGUCGCGCGUGCGAUUGAGGCCAACGGCGAGAACGCGCAUGGCGCGCUGAGCUUGAGCGUGGCGGAGAAGUAUGUCGAUGCUUUCUCCAACCUCGCCAAGGAGGGUACAGCCGUUGUUGUCCCGGGGAAUGUAGGGGAUAUCAGCGGGAUGAUCUCCAGCGCGAUGGCGGUGUAUGGUAAGGUGAACGAGAGCCAGGCUCGGGCUAUCGCUGCGAAGACCCUGGGCGUGCAGGAGCCGACGAAGACGGGGUCUGAGAAGCCUGAGACCUCUGGAGAUGGCGAGGCUGAGCCGGAGAAGUCAGAGGUGGCGGAGAGCGUGCUGGAGAGCUUCGAUCAAGCGAGCCAGCCGAAGCGGUGA